AUGUUGAUGCCACAGGUGAAACAAAUUAAAAGAAUUAAUAAAGAUUUCACAGAUAUCUGUGAAAAACACAAAGACUGUGUUUUGGAAUAUUAUUGCCAUUCCCAUGAUGUAGUUGGAUGUCUAAAAUGCAAAAAAGCUGAACAUAGAAACUGCAAGGAAAUUGACUUAAUUUCGGAGGUAGCCUCGUCAUUUUCAUCAAGUGAAGAACUAAACGAGCUCCAAACAACCUUAAAGAAAUUAUUGAAGUGUAACAAUGAUUUUAAAAAUGAUAUAAACCGCAAAACGAAAGAUGUUAGAAUUCAAGCUAAACGAGCGAAAUCCGUGGUAAAGAGAUUACGUACAGAUAUAGACGAAAUGUUUGACACUUUUGAAAAGAAAAUAAACCGGUCAAUUGAUGAUAUAAUAAGCAUGGAUGAGACAAAAUUGCUUAAUAUUGAAACACGUGUGGAGAAUAUAUCAAAAGACCUCAAUGAGAAUAUUUUGAAAAUCAGUAACUAUAAGACUAAAGGUAAUAUGCGACAGUUAUUUGUAACAGCAAAACGUGCCAAACAAUCAGUAAAAAUUGUGUCUAUAAGUCUUGAAAGCUUUGGGGAGGAAAGCGAUAUCCAAAGAUAUCAAUUUGUACCUGAGCCAAGCAUUGUCGAAAUGCUUCAAAAUUUGACAGAAAUUGGCAGACUCGAUAUCAUGAAUAAGUGUGCAAAAGUUCCAAAGUUUGAGAAAGAUAUCAAUGUCAGAUUUCCGUGUGAUGACAAAGAAUGUGUGAUAACUGGUGUAGAAAUAAUGUCAGAAUCUAUAAUUAUUGCCGCCGACCAUACGAACGAAUCUGUGAAAGUCGUUGACACUGUGAAUAAUUAUUUGGCAUCCGUCCAUAAGCUGGAUGGUUCAGGUGCGUUAAUAAAGCCAUUUGAUCUGGUCAAAACAGAAGCAACUCAGAUUGCUGUGACCUAUCCUUAUAGAAGGAAAAUCCAUCUCUUAGAAUUAUCUGACUCUUGCAGUUUAAAGGUGAAAAAGGAGAUGGAUAUGAAAAAUGAAUGUUUUGGUAUUGAUCGAAUAAAUGAUAAUUAA